AUGACCACCAAGCCUGCGAAGCCACCUCUUCUCUUCAUGAAUAUUCCAGCUCUCCGUAUCCCCCCUCGCGGUCUCGUUCCUAUACAUCGCAACAGUCUCUCGAACGAGCCUCACAACCUCUGGGCACUUAAGAAACGCUCACCAUCGGUAACAGCAGCAAGAGGCAGGAAGCGACAGAAUUUAACCAUCAAAUCGCCCUCAUCACUAUCGAUGCCCCCGCCUACACCGUCAGUACUCUCCCCCUCCUCUUUAGCUCCACUGCAAUCGAGUGUUUCGCCAUCUCCAUCGCCACCAGCGCCAUCCAGUUUUGUAUCAGUAUCUCAGUCUCAGCAGCCGAUUGCAUUACUACUCCCGCAGAAUGAGCCAAACGUCUCCACUCGCUACUUUCCAUACACGCCAGAGACUGGUGCCAGCAACUCCCUAGAGCUGACCCCAAACGUAACAUCCAGAGAAGGACUAGUCGAGAUCAGGGUCGGUCUACUCUUGCCAUACUCGCUGCCCAAUAAUCUUACACAGCAAUUAGCCUACAGCGGCACGUCCGCAAUCCGUUUAGCAGUGAGUGAAAUCAAUGCGAACCAUCUUAUCCCAGGUGCAUAUAUCACUCUGGUUCUCAAAGAUUCGUUCAACGGCCUCGAUCCCGAAAACUCGGGUGCUGCUCAGGCCAUCUUCUCAACAGUGUCUCUGCUCCAGACAAACGGUGGUGUUGCGGGUGUUAUUGGUGAUGUGAGCAGUGCGCUUUCGAUGCAGUCAGCGCUUCUGACCAGUCGAUUAUCUAUCCCUCAAUGCUCGUAUUCCGCCGGCUCCACUCAAUUGUCAAGCAAAGAUGACUAUGGCUAUUUUUUCCGGACUAUCCCGACGGAGCUGAUGUUUGGUUCGGUCAUGAUGGACUUUGUGGCCAGCCGUGGCUGGAAAACCAUUGCUGUCAUCUAUACUGGCGACUCCCUCGGCUUGCAGAUGAUGGAUAAUAUUGCAGUACAGGCUGCAAGGAAAAAUAUUACGAUUGGGUACCAAAGAGCGUUCUGGGAAAAUGGCGCCUCUUCUGAUGUUGGGCCGGCGUUGGAUGCCCUUGCGGAUUCUGGUCAACGGAUUGUUCUGGUCGCUGCAGUCAGCGUUCCUCAGGUUCGACUCAUGAUCGAGGCUGUCAAUAAGGGUCUGAUAUCCAAAAAUUACGUCUGGCUCGCGAUCAACCAGAUUACAGAACCAUUGUUGAAAGCGAGCUCGACCCUGAAGCCAACAGAUUUGAAUGGCCUGUUCAUGUUUGAUAACCUACUCAAGCUGAACGGAUAUCCACCUUAUGAAAGGUUCCUUGACAAAUGGGAGGCUCUCGACCCUAACCAAUAUCCUUAUGCUGGUCAACGGGAUAUCUCCAGUAAUGAGCCUCAAGCAUACUCGUGCAUGAUGGUCAUGGCCAACGCGUUCGCGAAUGCUAUCAAAGGCAACUGGACCGCGCUCCAUCUGUUAGCGGCUGGGAAAAUGGGUCCUGAGCUGCGGCCUGUGGACAUGAACACCAAUUACACAGGUCCCGGCGGACCUAUGGUUAUCAGUGAAAGCGGAGAUGUUGUUUAUGGCAACUUCAUCUUGUACAACUUCCAGGAUGGUGAAGUGGUCUCAAUUGGUACCUCGUAUUCUGGGGUGUUCAGUCUGUUGUCGGCACCAAUAUAUUUUGAUGGGACGUAUGAUACGCCUGCGGAUUCUGUGCCGUUCCAGGUGCUGAAUCCGAAGUAUGGAUCACCGAUUGGGUUGGUGGUUCUCUCGAUUGCAGGACUGAGUACUUUGUUUUCGCUUUUAACGAUGCUCAUCGUUAUCGUGUACCGAGACGCAGAAGUCAUCAAGGCGUCCAGUCCUCUGUUUUGCUGCCUCGAGCUGUGUGGGUUCAUACUGUUGUACAUCGCGACGAUCAUGGGCCUGGACAUUCCUACGAGCUUUCUCUGCAUCGCUCGACCGCUUGCACUCAAUGUCGGGUUCGUCCUCGUCGUUAGCAAUAUUGUCGCCAAGAACUUUAGGGUCUAUAGGAUUUUUCAUAACAUCUAUGUGACCAAACGGGUCAUCAAGGAUUCACAUCUUCUCAAGAUUGUCGGCUCCAUCAUGUUCGGCAAUUUGAUCAUUGUGGUCGUUUGGUUCCUCAAGGCGCCACCAACUUUGGAGCAGAUCGCAAUGCCCGAUUUCACGUUGUAUUGGACGUGCAACAACGCUGGCGGGGAUAGCAUGCCGUUCUUUGUGAUCAUAUUCGUGUGCAAUGCAGCGUUGAUGUUGGUCGCCACAUAUCUGGCCUACAUGAACCGGAAUGUCGCUGCCAACUACAACGAGUGCCGGCAAAUCGCCUUUGUUGUUUACAACAUUCUGCUGUCAGCUUGCUUGGCGAUGCCUACAGUGCUUUUGCCAAGGGAACAGUUCUUGACAAAGUUCUUUCUCUCAACCGUCGUCAUCCUUUUUGGAACUACGUUCUCACUCAUGUUUAUGUUCCUGCCCAAGCUCUGGGAACUCUUUACUCAGAUCGAACGGUCUCAGCAACGCAAUAGUAACGGUGGUUUUGGAGGAGGCGGUUCGGACGAAAGCAGCAUGGAUGGGUUCAUCCACAGUGGUGCUACAAGAUGGAUGAACAGCGCUGGGAAUCUCGUAGUGCUAGGUGAUCAGAGCAUUAGUGGGGUAGGGGUAGGAACGGGCGGGCCUGCGAAUGACAGUGACCAGCACUUGACGAAUGGGCGCAAAGCCAGCGUGGCAACGUUGGAUGAGAUCAAUGAAGAAACGCUGAAGGAGACGCACAUGGGGUAUAUGGGAGUCAAGUUCCAGAGCCGUUAUCUACCGUUCUUGUCGAGCUGGUGCAUGCGACGCGUGGUACUAUUUCCGACGGGGCGUUAUUUUACAUGCUUCGAAGUCGGAAAGCCCGAGACAGGUAGAACGUACACUUAUAUCUCUGUGUCCAUCCAUUCCCGCGAGCCAGGAGCGUACAUUCUGCACGUCGUUAGUUGCCGUCGGUAUGAUUUCUUACUCCAGGUCCACGACGAAGAGCGACUCUUGUACUGGUACAGUCUCUUUGACAAUAGCAAACAAUCAGCCAGUAAUGGGUACUCGAGCUCGACUGGGGUCGGGGCUAAUAUGCCGCUUGAAAACCUGUCGAUGGCGAACUUAUCUGUAGUGGGCGCGGCGGCGCCCUUGUCAGCGAAUAGUACGAACACUAUAUUGGCUGAAGAGGUUAGAGACACGGGUCCUGGGCAUCAGCAACGGCAUGAGAAUAAUCGGACACUGAGUUAUCGGAUGGAUCAGUUGCGUGUUCGGGGGCAUGCAAGCGUUCCUGGGCCGGGGGAGAAUUACAGUGGAAGCGCCAACAGAGGACGGGUGACACAGAGCUUGAUUGUGAUGUUUGGUGAUGAUGACGGGUAUGGAGGUGAUGGGACUUCAAAUGCUGCGACAUUGGCGCUGGGUGCGAGUCCAGUCAGCGCGAGUAGCAUGUUAGGUGGAAGCGAGCGGACGAGGACUUUGGUGGGUUGCAAGCCGUGUCAGCAUGGCGACAAUGCGGACGAGUGCAGGAUGUGCCAAUUGCUAUCACAAGAUUUGUCGACGCGGUCGAAUGUCGUGGAGCUGAGCGCUUCGACACGCGUGGAGGACGGUCGCGGUGAUGGAACUAUUAGUCAAGAGGGGACUGGAGGGAAGCAGUAUCUGCGGUCUCUGCAGGAGCGGUUUGAGGGCGUCGAUCCGAACUGCGACGAUCCACUUUUCUUUGAGUAG